AACUUUACAGCUCAGGAGAUACUCGACCUGAUGACCGCUGUUCAGCACUCUCAGCAACAAUCAGGAAACGGAGUCAUUGUUUUUCAGUGCAGCGAUGGUAUUGGCCGUAGCGGCUGUGUAGCUACUAUAAUGUCAGUGAUCGAACGAGUCAAGAUUGAACAAACAGUUGAUGUUUUCCAGACGGUAAAACUUGUUCGAGCAAAGAGACCAGGUGCAGUCAACACUCUGGAGCAGUACAUGUUCUGUUACAAGACAGUUGUGGCUUACUUAGACUCUUUCAGCACCUACUCAAACUUUGCAGAAUGUUAAAGAGCAUUGCAAAGUAUAAAAGGUGUAACAGACAGAAGUGAUCUACAUCCUCGAGUGUUUUUAUGACUGAGCUGUGUUCGGCAGCUUUUUUUCUUCAUAUUCAAAUUUUUAUAAUAUGUAAAUUUACCUCUAAGUAGAAGGCCUUUCCCUCAAAUAUAUUUGCAAAACGAAGUUUUUUAUAAAGUUUUCUAUAUUUUAGUAUUAUCCAUAAAAUAUUUUAAGUAAAAGUAGGUAAAAUAAGUCAAUACAACUGAAGGUGUUGUCAGCUGAAGGAGGUUCAAAGUUUGAUAAUAGAUGUACUUACCCCAGAUUCUGUUAUGGUAACUUGAAGCACAAACAUGUGUCCCUACACGGCUCAGCACAAUGGUAAUAUCAUUAAUUGUGUUAUCGUAGUUUUCAAACUAUCCCAUUAAAAGAGAGAGAUACUACAUUUUCGGUGUAUGUAGAAAGAUUUAGAACACAAAAACUCUAAAAAAUUUAUUACAGUUAUAGAGUUUUGUAGUAUUUUGUAGUUCAAGGUAAAGGAAAGUUUUUUUGUAACUUAUAUAUUUCAUUAUAUUUUUUCUUAAAAGUCCAUGUGAAGUUUUAAAGUUAUCGUUUCUUGUCAAAAUCGUUGGAUUCAAAGUGGAGGUUUGUAGUUCUAUGGUUUGUUUUGGAGUGUUAACGUGCCUUUUGGGUUUACCUCCAAUAUCUAGAUUUAGUUCUCAUUAUAUUCAAUUAUCAAAUUAUAUGAGGUCACACAACGUCAAUCUAUG